AUGGAAUUGGCUCUCGACAUUGCCGAUCGUUACAUGAUGGCUGAACCCGACAUCACCUACCAUUGGUGCGCCAUGAAACCCAUUUUCUUGGUAUCGUAUUGGAUCGCAACAAAAUUUUGCUCUGGGCAGUAUGAAACGACAAAAGCCGAAAACCAAGCAUUGUCUCUCGAACAGAUUUUGAAAUCAAUCCCCGAGAUGUCAAGUCAGACGAUUAAACAAUUGGAAAUGCACAUUCUCAAUGUGAUUGACUGGAAGGUCACUGUCCCUACUACUGUUGCCUUCGUGGACGCUUUUUUCGGAUACAUCAUUGCUCAUUUCACCAGUCCUUUCUUUCAACACGCCAAAGCCACCGCGGUUCGCAUCGCUGAGAUCGUAACCGUGGACAAUCGAUUGGCUCGCGUAAAGCGGUCUGUCAUUGCUACUGCCUGUAUUGAACAUGCAUAUCAUUUGGCAAAAGUAUCUUUCAGACUCGACGCCGCAUUGUUUUACGAAGGGGCAACGGGAGUUGAACUGGACGACAGUCUAUAUCACCGCGUUUAUUUGGUCAUUGGUGAUCUAUUGUACCCCCGUGGACGUAAGUAG